AUGCCAUUAAAUGCAAGUGAAGCGAAAACACACGUCUGUAGCCGGCAUCUGACAUUAAGCAGACUAACAUUUCACUGUUAUAGUUCGUCAGAUUCGGCGGUGAAUUUUCGAGCACUGCUCGGUGCUCUUCUUCGCAAGAGUUUGAAGACACAACAGCAAUCAAUUCACACGUUCCAACAAUACCUGAGGGAACGUACGCCAUAUGUAACAGACUGGUCCUUAUUUUCAAUGAGGCCUUGUUUAAGAAUUCUUAAACGAUGCUCACAAUGUAGUUCAAUGAAUCAAGCCACGGAUCUACAAGAAGAUUUCAAAACUCUGGAGAUAAUAUUUGAAGUGAUCGGAAGUAUCAUUAAAGAAGAUGCCGAUCUCUCAACACCAGUAUCAGAAAUAGGAAAAUCGUUGAGAAGUCUUCAAAGAUUUACAAAGCAGUUAUUGUGUGAAAUACAUACGUUUCUUCUCCUAUCCGGAACACAUAGCAUUGGUAAUGGUUUUAUAAAUGACGUAGUCAAAUCUCAGGACUGGUGUGUUUUCAGUUCCAUUUCAUCUAGGUAUGAGAGGGAUAUCUAUCUUUUGCGACAAAUUGCCAAUAUUUCGUCUAAAAUACAUAAAAGGAGCCUAGACACAGCUGAAUAG